GGGGAAGCUUCCCAGGUUACGGCUCAUCGUCACUAGAUCUCUUGUGAUCCCACACUCGUUUAAUCGUUCGAAAGGGGUAAUCUACCCUUGACGCAGGAUGCGUCUACCCACCCUCCUUCUCGCCGCCGCGAGCGUGUUAGGCAUCACAGCUCAAGGCAAUCACCCGCUCAUGCGCCGAGCUGAUGACAAUGCCCCUGAGACGGCAGCAAACAAGACCACAGUCGAGCCCAAACGCUUCAUCGUUGAGUUCAGCAAGGGGGCCGACGCAUCAGCUCUAGCUGCAGAGAUUGCCAACCAGCGCGGCGUCAAGGUCCUCCGCGUCUUCACCAGCGACAUCUUCACCGGCGCCGCCGUCGAGACGGAUGUGGAGAACAUUGACUCGCUCCAGUCUCUCGAGCCAGUUAAAGUGGCAUGGCAGUCGAGGAAGCUGAAGCUCGCGCCCAGCACGCCGUUGGCGUCGUUUGUGGAGAAUGCUACCGCUAUCGACUAUGAUAUUCACCACAUGACUGGUGUCGAUAAGUUGCAUGAGGCUGGUGUGUUGGGAAAGGGUGCCAAGGUUGCUGUUGUUGAUACUGGGAUUUGGUAUACCCACGAAGCGCUCGGUGGUGGAUUUGGUGAAGGCUUCAAGGUUGCCGGUGGUUAUGACUUUGUUGGUGAUGGAUCUUGGCCAACCGAGGGUGAAGUCAAGAACCCCGAUGUCGACCCCUUAGACCAGCAAGGCCACGGAACUCACGUCGCCGGCAUCAUCGCCGGUAACAGCAGCAUCCUCACCGGAGUCGCCCCUGCCGCAACCCUCUACGCCUACAAAGUCUUCGGCACAGUAGACGGCACCGACGAAGACACCCUCAUCGAAGCCUUCCUCGCAGCCUACGAAGCCGGCGUGGACAUCAUCACCUCUUCCAUCGGCGGCAUCAGCGGCUUCACAGACAACGCCUGGGCCGUCGUCGCCACGCGCCUCGUAGACCAAGGAGUCGUCAUCACCAUCUCCGCCGGCAACGACGGGCAGGCCGGCGCCUACGCGGCCAGCAGCGGCUCCUCGGGCGAGCACGUCGUUGCCGUGGCCUCAGUCGAGGCCGACGUCCUCGCUUCCUCGUCCUUCAGGGGCGUCUUUUCACUCGGGGGACAGACGAAUGAGACGCGCGUGGCGUAUCGUGCUAUCGAGGAUUGGUAUCCUUCCGAAGUAAAAGACUGGCCCAUCGUGCCUCUGAACCUCAACACCAGUACCGCAGACGAGGCGUGUAACCCCCUUCCCGUGGGAACCACACCAGACCUUACGGGUGUGGUAGCCCUCGUCCGCCGGGGAGGCUGCAACUUCGACCAGAAGCAGCGCAACCUCGCCCCCUUCAACGCCUCGCACAUCCUCUUCUACAGCAACGAGAUGCCGCUCGUCCGCCCGACGACGGAAGACACGUCAAGCCUCAUCGCAAUGGUUGACGCGCGCGUCGGCGCCGCCAUCAUCGACACCGUCCGCGCGGGCGGCAAGGUGACGGCGGACUUUACGGAGCGUCCCAUCUUCCAUAUUGUCGGCAUUAAGAACGAGGAGAACGGUGGAGUUGCGAGCUCCUUCACUUCUAUUGGCGCCACGAAUGACCUCUUCAUCAAGCCUGAUGUCGCUGCGCCCGGCGGCCAGAUCUUGAGUUCUUACGUUGGCGGGGGAUACUCCAUCCUGAGCGGCACGUCCAUGAGCUGUCCCUACGUCGCCGGUGUGGCGGCUCUCUGGGCAGGCAAAUUCGGAGGACGUAGUGUUCACGGGCCCGAGUGGGCAAAGAACCUCGCCAUGCGUCUCAUUACCUCCGGCGAGGCCAUCAAAUGGGACGACGGCGCUCUUGAAAACAACCCAUAUGACUUCCUCGCGCCCGUAGCCCAAGUUGGAACGGGUCUCAUCAACGCCACCAAAGUCCUCGAGUACGGCACCGCCCUCUCCUUUGCCAAAUUCGCUCUCAACGAUACACGUCACUUUAGCCGGUACCACGCCGUCGACAUCACCAACGCCGGCGCUGAGUCCGUGACAUACACUUUUGAGCAGCAGGAGUUUGGUGGCAUGAACACCGUCAACCUCGACCCGACCGCCUGGGGAACGCCCAAGAUUGCAUGGUUCGAGGAGGUCAUGGCUGCACCCCAGAAGAUGACGCCCUCCAUAUCCUUCCCCGGACCCCUGACUGUCCAGCCGGGUGAGACGAAGGCUGCACAGUUCGGCUUCAACUACCCUGACGCAGGGGCACAGGGCCUCGACCCGGCAAAGCUGCCUAUCUACAGCGGCAAGGUCCUGGUCAAGGGAAGUAACGGCGAGACGCUCGGUGUACCAUACCUGGGCCUGGCAGCGGACCUGCACAAGGACGUGGGCAUCAUGUUCCAGUAUCCGACGGGCUUCCCGCGCAUCACAUCCACGCGUAGCGACGUCCCCAUUGCCCAGAAAGCCAAUUUCACCUUCAACCUCGACCCGGCGGUCCAGGACUUUCCCAACCUUUACGCCCGCGUGCAGUACGCCACUCGCGAGCUGCGAUGGGACAUUUUCGAUGCAUCCUGGGUGGAAAGGGACUGGAAGUACCCUCCCGUCGUCGGGCAGGCUGGCUUCGUGGGCGCAGCGACGAGCUGGUCAAAGGCCUCGGGGAAGACGUUCAUCGAUCCCAGCGUGGAUGAUCCGAAUGAUAUCAUUACACUGCCCAUGCGUGACGUGCCUAGAGAUAUUGUUGGCGUGUACGGUGUUGAGUUGUGGUGGCUGGGCCGUCUGGCGAAUGGUACGCAGAUCGCACCGGGCAAGUACAAGAUGCGAUUCGCUGCGUUGGUUCCGUUUGGGAACCCUGAGGCUUCGGAUAACUGGGAUGUCUACGAGACUCCUGCAUUUGAAGUCUUGCCUCUAUCAGUUUGAGGGUUGAGUUGAAAAUGAGUGAGGCUCAAGGGGUAGGGUAUCAGUAAUAGCAUCAUCUAAUAAUUGCCACUCAAGUAAACGUGUAGAC